CUGAAACGAAAGAGCGUUAACGUGAGUUUAGGGUGAAAUGAAACAGCAGAGUCGGUGCGUGUUGUCUGCUAAUGUCACAAACAGCGUGUGAGUGAUUUUUACAGCAGCGAUAUUUCACAACACGAGCGAGCAGGCAUUUUAAGUUUCGCCGGUUGUCUCUCAUUUACAGCUCUGGGGCCAUGCUUGAAGGCUACAGCCCUGUCACCCAGGCCCUGCUGGGGACUCUGUUCACGUGGGGUCUGACCGCCGCCGGAGCCGCCCUGGUGUUUGUCUUCUCCAGCCGACAGAAGCGCAUCUUGGAUGGAAGUUUAGGCUUUGCAGCUGGGGUAAUGUUGGCUGCUUCCUAUUGGUCGUUACUUGCCCCGGCGAUCGACAUGGCAGAGGAUUCUGGGAAGUACGGCUCGUUUGCUUUCGUGCCCGUGGCUGUGGGAUUCACACUUGGUGCAGCCUUUGUUUAUUUUGCUGACCUGGCCAUGCCCCUGCUGGGUGUAGGUGCUGCUGACCCCCACAUUGCCUUGGCGCUGUCCCCGGACUCCAAGCUGGCCAAAGAGGAAGCAGAGCAGCACUCGUUCCAGCUCCAGGACUCUGAUGAGAUGACCAUCAGGAUAGGUAGAGCCGGACCUCUCUCAGAUAAAACAGAAAACGGAGAUGUUCACCAGAGGAAGAGAGGACCUCAUGCGGGCACCUCAGAUGGACAGGAAACAGGAAGUAAACAACAGGAAGCGGUUGGGAAGAUGGGAAGCAGCUGGAGACGAAUUAUUCUCCUCAUCCUUGCGAUCACCAUCCACAACAUCCCAGAGGGCUUGGCUGUGGGAGUUGGAUUUGGAGCCAUUGGAAAAACUUCAUCUGCUACUUUUGAGAGUGCCAGAAAUCUGGCCAUCGGCAUUGGCAUCCAGAAUUUCCCAGAAGGCUUGGCGGUGAGCCUGCCACUCCGCGGCGCGGGGGUCUCGACAUGGACGGCCUUCUGGUACGGCCAGUUAAGUGGGAUGGUAGAGCCUGUUGCCGGGUUACUGGGCGCCGUCGCUGUGGUUUUGGCAGAACCUCUGUUGCCGUAUGCGUUGGCGUUUGCUGCCGGGGCGAUGGUCUACGUGGUGGUAGAUGACAUCAUACCAGAGGCUCAAGUCAGUGGAAACGGGAAGCUGGCAUCCUGGACCUCCAUCUUGGGCUUCGUAGUGAUGAUGUCGCUGGACGUGGGCCUAGGCUGAGGUCACCGGGACAAACGGUACCAUGUCAACAGAAACCCUCAGUGGCCGUGAAGUCGUGACAGUGGUGCUGACCUCAGUUUUAAAAAGGGGACCAAAUGAAGUGUUUUAUUCUGAAACACUAUUUAUGAAUUGUUGCUACUUGAAAUUGAUUCAUUCAACAACAGGAAACAGAACUGUUUUGUAAAACACACGAGGAUGACUGUACUUGAUUAAUUAUCGUUAAUGUGUGGUGGAUAACUCAUUAGGGAAUGAAUUUAUAAAUAUUUAAUGAAUAUACUCCUGAUUGCAGAGCUGGUGAAUGUUUUUUGAGAGGAUGCGGCUUUUUGAGUUUUUCUUUUUCAGAAAACAUUGUUUUAGAAAUUAAAAAAAAAAAAACUGUCAGUUAUGAACGUUAAAUGAAUGUAAUUUUUUUUUUGUUUUGUUUUUAGUUUAAUUCUUCCAGUUUUUGUAUUUCCUCAUAAUGGCAAUACUUGAAGUCUGGUGUUUGAUCCGUUCAUUCAUUGGACCGUGCAUGAAAAAUUAGAUUUUGCUAAUUUCAUUCUGCAAGGCACAGUGUGAUUAUGGUGUUCUGAGGUAUGAAAUUCCAAAUGUGACUUAUUCUCAAUCUGCAUAAUUAUGACAUUUAUGUGGAUAUUUGACAGUAAUUAAUUGACUUAUUCAGAUGUAAUACAUCACUUUAUCUUCUUCUAAACAAAUCUCCCUCUCAACAGUCUCCUGUCAUCUACAGCUCAGUCUGAAGGAUCACAUGAUGUGAUGUCUAAAUAUUAAAAUGCUUAAUUAUAUGUUAAAUAUUUAUAUAAUUAAACAACCAAGUGAUUCUCA